CCUUCAGUCUCAGGGAGGGCACGUGCGAGCGAUGAGUGCCAUUCGAGACCGCAUCCCCCUUGCCUACAGGCGCAUGCCGAUGUCACUGUGCCUGUACCAUAACGUGGGUCAUGAGAAGAGGAUGCAGUUACGCAGCCAGAGGCUACUUCUGGAGCGGGAGGCCUUAAUCCGCCGGGCCAUCGUCAACAGCUCAUUGGAGAGAUCUGAACAGGGUCCACCGUUCAAGUACAAGGAAAAUGACGAGUAUUUUGAUUCGAUCUCAGGGUCUGCAAGUGAUGAAUUUAGUCACCUGCACUUCCGUACAGUGGUGCGUCGUGAAGGCAAAAUCUGUCACUCGUUUGUCCUGAGGCUGCACAAUAAUGAUGGACAUGAGGAAGAAGAAGAGGAGCUGAUAAAUGAGAAAGAAGAAGUCACAGAAGAGCACAGGGAGAAGAAAGAUGAAGAACAGAAGGCAGUAAUUUGUAUGCAGGGGAGGAAAGGUGAAGAGAAAGAGGAAGCUGGAACAGAUUGCAGCUUAGUUCCAGCAGACAGAACUGCUGAGCAGGAGGGGGAAUCUAGCUGCAAAAAUCUGCCACUGGGUGACAGCACUGCACGCUGAAGGGGAUGCACCUGGCUCUAGACAGGAUUUUUGAAUCAAAUCAACAUUAUCCAUGAUGAAAACUCCCAUACGAUAGAUGAUGGUAACAGUAUGUGGAAUGGACUCCAUGUGUGAACAUGACAACCUUGUUGCAUCAAUCUCAUCAAGGAGAGCUAUCAGACGUAUGGAAAAAAUACAUGAUGGUGUGCCUAAGGAGGCAAAAAUGUAUCAUAAAUGAUUUAAUUUGAACAAUUUCAUGAUGUUGAUGACAAUAAAUGUAUCUAUUAUUUUUUGUAUGCAUGUAAGGAAAGAUGUCAUUGAUACAAAGUCACCUGGUGGGGGAGACUGUACCCUAUAUGAUUUUCUAUGACUGUCAUAGAAUGACUUUCGCUUUUUACUGUCUACUUUGUUUCAUCAUCAUUGUCAUAUACUAUAUAGUUUUACUGAAUUUAGUACAUCCAUAAACAUAAAUGUUUUAUUGAUGUGAAAACAUCAUCUCUCUGAAGCCAAAUGCUUUUCAUGUUAAUUCUUCCACUUGUUGGUCAAACUUGUUUUCCUUAUCUUUUUUUCAUUUAUUGAUUAUGUUGCAUAAAUAAAAAAAUGAUAAUUUUCUAAGACACUGAUUAGUCGAGGAAUAUGUACCACCAUAUAUUCCUUAUUAAAAACUAGAUUUAUUUAGUUAAUCAAAUCUUAUAUGUACAAGAUCUAUGAAGAUUUUGGACAAACUUAAAAUUUUUAGAACUGAGCUUCAUGAACUGUAAGCCAUAGAUUACACAACAAUGAUGAACAGGUUAGAUUAUUUGUGAUAACACACUAAUAACUGAGCACAGCAUAGUUCAUCAGACUAGAUCACAUUUAAGAAACUUAGUCAACUGCACAUGAGCAAUAUUAAAUAUGAAAAAUAAAACACAAAAACAUAACAGCACAAUUCAGAUCAAUUAUACACUAUUACAAAAAUUUAUAUACAUACUAUAGUACAACCACACUGUAGACUAAGAGUGCAAGAACAUUUAGGUCAAGUUCAGUGUUGAUAUUCAUCAACCCCCAAAUAAAAUGAAUGCUUAAGUAA